UUUGCUCUGUGUCUUUGAAACAGAUGAAGUGACUGUGCAGGAAGAGCGAGCACCUUGCUUUUGCAGGAAGGACAGGACAGCAUGGAGCAGCCAUUUACUGUGAAUUCACUGAAAAAGUUAGCUGCUAUGCCUGACCAUACAGAUGUUUCUCUAAGUCCAGAGGAGCGGGUCCGUGCCCUAAGCAAGCUUGGUUGUAAUAUCUCCAUUAAUGAAGACAUCACCCCACGCCGUUACUUCCGGUCUGGAGUGGAAAUGGAAAGAAUGGCGUCUGUGUAUUUGGAAGAAGGGAACCUGGAAAAUGCCUUUGUUCUUUACAACAAAUUUAUAACAUUAUUUGUAGAAAAACUUCCCAGCCAUCGAGAUUACCAGCAGUGUGCAGUUCCCGAGAAGCAGGACAUCAUGAAGAAACUGAAGGAGAUUGCGUUCCCAAGGACGGACGAAUUGAAAACGGACCUGCUAAGGAAAUAUAACAUAGAAUACCAAGAGUAUUUACAAAGUAAAAACAAAUAUAAAGCCGAAAUUCUCAAAAAGUUGGAACAUCAGAGACUGAUAGAGGCAGAGCGCCAGCGAAUCGCUCAGAUGCGCCGGCAGCAGCUGGAGUCUGAACAGUUCCUGUUUUUCGAAGAUCAACUCAAGAAGCAGGAGUUGGCUCGGGGCCAGACGCGAGGUCAGGACUCUCUGGUGCUGUCUGAGCAGACUGACGGAAGUGGGCUGUCCUGUUUUUCCACCCACCAGAACAACUCGCUGAGGAACGUAUUUGCAGACCAUCCUCAGAAAAGUGAUGUUAGCGAUCUCGCUAACUACUCUCCCCCGGUGAACAGGGCCCUAAAGCCAGCGGCCACCCUGAGUGCUGUUCAGAAUUUAGUGGUUGAAGGACUGAGGUGUGUAGUUUUGUCAAGAGAUCUUUGCCACAAAUUUCUGCUGCUGGCUGACUCUAACACAGUGAGAGGAAUAGAAACCUGUGGGAUCCUCUGUGGAAAACUGACACAUAAUGAAUUCACCAUUACUCAUGUGGUGGUCCCAAAGCAGUCUGCUGGCCCAGAUUAUUGCGACGUGGAGAAUGUAGAAGAAUUAUUCAGUGUUCAGGAUCAACAUGGUCUCCUCACGCUGGGAUGGAUUCACACACACCCCACGCAAACGGCAUUCCUGUCCAGUGUGGAUCUCCACACUCACUGCUCCUAUCAGCUUAUGUUGCCAGAGGCCAUUGCCAUCGUGUGUUCCCCAAAGCAUAAAGACACCGGCAUUUUCCGGCUCACCAACGCUGGCAUGCUUGAGGUUUCUACUUGCAAAAAGAAGGGCUUCCAUCCUCACACCAAGGACCCCAAGCUGUUCAGUAUAUGCAGCCAUGUGUUAGUGAAAGACAUAAAGACAACUGUGUUGGACCUGAGGUGACAUGUUCGAAACGUAAGACCAUCUGUACUGGACACCUGCCAGGGACAUGUGUGGCUGCCGAAUUUCUUAUGAUGUUUUCAGAAGUGACGGAUAUUUUAUAUUUAUAUAUUUUAGACCAGAACUUUGAUAUUUAUUGUUCUUGCACAUUUUGAAGUUUCCUUUUUUUGGGGUGGGGGGGGGCUGUGUCUCAAAAGAGACCACAUGAUGUUCAGUCUAUACCUGUGAAUUUACCCAAAUGAUGCCAUCAGAAAUAAAUUGUGCUGCAGAUAACAAGA